AUGGUCUUCCUUCUUGGCGUCAACUUCGGCGAGCAGAAGCUCGUCAAGAAAGCCCUCGAGUCCUUCUACGCUCUCGGACCCACGACAUCUGCCCGAAUCAUGGCGAAAUACUCGAUUCACAAGCUCGCCAAGGUCGGAUCUCUCGCUCCCAGAACUGUCACUUCCAUCACAGCCGAGUUAUCACAAAUGACGAUCGAAACGGAUGCCAGGCGAUUGGUGCAAGAGAACAUUCGACGACUAAAGGAUAUGGGAUCAUACCGUGGUAGACGUCACGCAAUGGGUCUGCCAGUACGUGGUCAGCGAACAAGGACGCAGACGGCAUCUGCCAACAGGCUCAACAGGGUCGAGCGACGAGGUUAAACGAAUUAUUGCAAGAAUGGGCUAUCUGGCUUUGGGCCUGAGAACUGGCCUGGAUGUCAAAACCACAAUAGACUGGCAUAUGGAAAUGCUAUAUCCCAAGGAGAAUGAGAAAGUCUGGCUAUCUCCUUGUUGUACAAGACUUGUAUAUACAGUGUACGAUCAAAUGGAAACGAACUCCGGAUCGCCGUGUUAUUAAGCGCGGUACUAUG